AGUUGUCUCUCACUCAUUUUUCACUGUCUUUCUCUCUCCUCCAUUUUUGCACACACUCUUCUCUCUCUCUAGGGCUAGUAGUAGUAGUAGCAGUAGUUACUACUCUGUAUUGCUUCCAUUGUUUUUUGUUGAAACCCUAUUUCCUCAAUUCAAAAGUUCUCUACUUUACUGCAUUUUCUUAAUUCUGUUUUUUUUUUUGGAAAAAAAAAAUCAAGGGUUUGUUCGGAGCCCUAGGUCGAAGAAGAAGAAGAAGAAGGAGUUUCAGAUCUAAAGAUUCCUCAAAGCUAUGGCUUCUUAGCCCUGCUAGUUUUUUUUUUUCCUUAUUUUGAUUCUUCGCUAUGUCAAACUCCGACCCCAAACAACAACGACCGCGUCCUGGUCCGUGGCCACCGGCGCCGGAGUCUUCUGCAAUGCCGCCUUCUUCUUGGGCUAAACGAACUGGUUUCAGGCCUAAAUUUUCUGGUGAGACCAAUGCCAGUGAUUCUGGUCAGAUUUCUUUGCCGCCUAGGCCGAGAGAGCAGGAAGCUCAGCCUGAUCUUGAGGCAGGUAGGGCUCGACCAACUGCUAAUGGUCGGGUUGAGUCUGUUAAGGCUCAAGUUACAACGCCAGCCGCGCCUCCACCGGCUUCGGCGGAGAAAGAGAAGACGGUGAAGAAGAGGAGGGAAGUUGAUGGAAUCCCUAAACAUUCUGCUAAUGGGAAUGGUGCUGCGGUUCCGGCUUCUGAUCAACCUCCGUCGCAGCCACGUAGGCAAGCUCGGAAUGAUGAAGGUAUCGAUGUUUUGCCGCUGAGUGUGGAUGAUGAUGGAGCUAUGGCUAGGCAUUCGCAUUUGAAGUAUGAGCUUAGAGAUUCACCUGGGCUUGUUCCAAUUGGUCUAUAUGGGUUCCAGCAUUACUUGUCAAUAUUGGGUUCGUUAAUUCUCACUCCACUUGUUAUAGUUCCGGCAAUGGGUGGCACUCCUGAGGAUACUGCAAAUGUGGUAUCAACAGUGCUCUUUGUUUCUGGAGUGACCACUUUGUUGCAUACCUCUUUCGGAUCGAGGUUACCGUUGAUACAGGGUCCAUCAUUUGUUUACCUUGCUCCUGCCUUAGCUAUAAUCAACUCCCCGGAAUUUCGAGGACUCAAUGGAAAUAGUUUCAAGCAUAUCAUGAAGGAGUUACAAGGGGCUAUUAUUAUAUCUUCAACAUUCCAAGCAAUACUUGGAUAUAGUGGAUUGAUGUCGUUAUUUUUGAGGUUGAUCAAUCCAGUUGUUGUGUCACCUACAAUUGCUGCAGUUGGACUUUCUUUUUACAGUUACGGUUUUCCUCUUGUUGGCAAUUGUCUUGAGAUCGGAGCAGUGCAGAUAUUAUUGGUCAUUUUAUUUUCUCUCUAUCUGCGCAAGAUAUCCAUUUUUGGUCACCGCAUAUUUCUAAUAUACGCGGUUCCAUUGGGUCUGGCAAUUACUUGGGCAGCUGCUUUCUUACUGACUGCAGCUGGAGCCUAUAGCUAUAAAGGAUGUGACAUAAAUGUACCUUCCUCAAAUAUAAUAUCAGAACAUUGCAGAAAGCAUGUCUCAAGGAUGAAGUACUGUCGAGUUGAUACUAAUCAAGCAAUACAAUCCUCUCCCUGGUUUAGGUUCCCUUAUCCAUUACAAUGGGGUACUCCUGUCUUCACCUGGAAAAUGGCUUUCGUUAUGUGUGUCGUCUCUAUUAUCGCAUCUGUGGAUUCGGUUGGCUCGUACCAUGCCUCUUCACUGUUGGUGGCAUCUAGGCCUCCUACCCCCGGAGUUCUUAGUCGAGGAAUUGGCUUGGAAGGUCUUUCAAGUGUCUUGGCUGGUCUAUGGGGUACUGGAACUGGAUCCACUACUUUGACUGAAAAUGUUCACACUAUUGCUGUGACUAAAAUGGGAAGUCGAAGGGCUGUUGAAAUAGGUGCAUGCAUUUUGAUAGUCUUAUCCCUUGUUGGUAAAGUAGGAGGCUUCAUUGCUUCAAUCCCUCAAGUCAUGGUUGCUGCUCUUCUAUGCUUCAUGUGGGCAAUGCUUGCUGCAUUAGGCUUGUCAAAUCUACGAUACAGUGAGGCCGGGAGCUCUCGAAAUAUUAUCAUUGUCGGGUUAUCUUUAUUCUUCUCACUUUCAAUACCAGCAUACUUUCAGCAAUAUGGCAUUUCUCCAAACUCCAACAUGUCUGUUCCGAGCUAUUUUCAACCUUACAUUGUUGCCUCUCAUGGACCCUUCCGCACCAACUUUGGAGGGGUGAACUACGUCAUGAACACACUGCUAUCUUUACACAUGGUGGUUGCAUUUCUUGUGGCUGUUAUUCUAGACAACACAGUACCAGGCAGUCGGCAAGAACGCGGGGUGUACGUGUGGUCAGAAUCAGAGGUAGCUCGAAGAGAGCCUGCUGUUACCAAGGACUACGAGUUACCCUUCAGAAUUGGUCGGGUUUUCAGAUGGGUGAAAUGGGUUGGCCUAUAAAAGAGAAGAAUUUUUCUUGUUACAUAUCACAUUGUCAAGUCAAGCUUCUUCGAUUGCGAUUCCACUAGAAGGUUAGUACACACUGUAUGAUGAUUGAUGAUUGAUUAUGAAUGCAAUUCUUGGAUAAAUAUUCGUCCACCCACCGACCGGGAAAAUCACGAUUUCGCCUUAGGAAGAUUAUAGGUUUUGCAGAGAUGUUUUUUGUGUACAUUUGAGAAAAGGUCUGGCUGUGUUGUAAUGUUUAGAUUAUGGAGAUUGUAGGGUUUAGUUAUUUGGACAUUUUAUUUAAUAUUUAAUAUUUGAAAUGCAGUUGGGGGGAAGAAGAGAGUUUUGAUUGAUAUCUGUCCUAUUAAUUAAUUAAUUAAUUAAUUAAUUAAUGUAUAUGUAAAAAUAUUUUUGUUGGAAUUGUUCAUUUGAGGAUUGAUAAUUCUCAAAUGGAAAACAAAGGGGUAAGAAAAAGAUUCAUUGUGAGAAUGAGAGUGAGGACUGUCUGUCUUGUUGAAAUGUGCUUUUGUUUUCUUUGUAUAUGAUUAUUGUUGAUGGUGAUGAUACAUUUAUAUGUCAUACAUAUAUGUAUAUAUAUAUAUUUAUUUUUCUA